CUGGUUACUUUCUGUCUCUCUCCACACCAGUGUGUCGACAAAAGUGAGUAACAUGGAAAAAACUAAAACAGCUCAUCUGAGAUCUUCUCUGUGGACGAGGUAAAAUAGCUUUUCUCAUUGGAUUUCCACCAAACUGGUACAGGGAUUGCACAGAUAUGACUCUAACCUGAAGCUUCUGAGAGAGGACUAUCAGACAGGAUGGAUGCUUUGAAUUCAUCUCACGCCAACAACAUCAGCAGCAGUGGAAACACAAGUGUCCUCUCUGAGAGCCCGUACACUACUGUGGAGAUAGUGCUCAUCAUCCUGGUCGCUGGAUCUCUCAGUCUGAUCACUGUCAUCGGAAACAUCCUCGUCAUGCUCUCCAUAAAGGUAAACAGGAACCUGCAGACCGUCAACAACUACUUUCUGUUCAGCCUGGCCUGUGCAGACCUCAUUAUUGGCAUCUGCUCCAUGAACCUCUACACGGUCUAUAUCGUGAUUGGCUACUGGCCCUUGGGAGCAGUGGUGUGUGACCUGUGGUUGGCCGUCGAUUAUGUUGUCAGCAAUGCCUCAGUCAUGAACCUGCUCAUCAUCAGCUUCGACCGUUACUUCUGUGUCACCAAACCACUCAGCUACCCAGCACGGCGCAGCACCAAGAUGGCCGGCCUGAUGAUCGCAGCAGCCUGGAUCUUAUCCUUCAUCCUGUGGGCUCCAGCCAUUUUAUUCUGGCAGUUUAUUGUUGGCGGAAGGACGGUGCCAUCAGACCAGUGCUACAUCCAGUUCUUCUCCAAUGCAGCGGUGACUUUUGGGACAGCCAUAGCAGCUUUUUAUCUACCAGUUGCCAUUAUGAUCCACCUUUACUGGCGCAUCUCCAAAGCCAGUCGCAGCCGCAUGACGAGGGAGAGUAGGAAGGCCUCGGGAACCAGUCUGGCAGAAGGUCCCUCCAACAGCCAGGAGGAAGGGUAUGAGAACAACUGUGUAAGAAAAAAACACACCCAGGUGAGUGAUGGAAAUGGGAAGGAGAAAGAAAUGCUGCAGCAGCAAAAUGGGAGUGGCCCCUGCAAGGAAGAACAGGCCGACCAAGUGGACUCCACAUCAGAGAUUGUCCAUGCUUCUACAUCUAAAGACAUCGCAGCCCCUGCUUUGUCGCAGGAGAGCUUAAAUGCCGUGAAAAAUCAAACACAGAAAUCUUCUCCUCGGAACUCAACUAUUGACAGACAAAGCAUGGCUGCAAGGACACUGUUGAUGGUAACAAAGCGUACUGUAACUGAGAGUGUUGUGGCGAAGUGGAAGAGAAAGGGCAAUUCUUCCAGGGAAAGAAAAGUGACACGCACCAUCAUGGCCAUCCUGGUUGCUUUUGUUGCCACAUGGACUCCGUACAACGUGAUGGUGUUGAUCAACACCUUCUGCUCCAGCUGCAUUCCCAGCCCCUUGUGGACCAUCGGCUACUGGCUCUGCUACAUCAACAGCACAAUCAACCCUGCCUGCUACGCCCUCUGCAACGCCACCUUCAAGAACACCUUCAAACAUCUCCUUCUGUGCCAGUACAAGAACAUUCGUGCACGAUGAGGGAAAAACGUGAUUGACUUGUAUUAUGGGGCCAAAACAGUAUGAUGCAUCUCAUAAAAAGAGUUAAAAAUCAUUGAAAACGUGUGAAAAAUAGACUCGGUGUGUUCUUGUUUUGCACUAGUUUUAUUUCUUAUUUUCACUUCCACUGAAAGAUUAACUUUGUUUUGCUCUUAUUCAACAAUGUUCAGUUGUAAAGAGUUAAAUGAAGGUGUGGCUCUGUGUAAUAAGAUGUUUAUUGAUCUUCACUGAAUGGUUAUUGUGAAAUAUAAAAUUUAACUGUAUAUAUGCAAUUUUGAUUUGAUGCGAUGUUUUUCUCUUUGCUCCUGCUAUAUGAACUUAUGAUGUUCAUUGUUUAAAACUGGUGUUAAUGUGAUGUAAAAAUAUUACUUCUACAAGAAGAAGAAGAUGUAUUAUUGCAAAGGACAAUGGUUUAUUAAUACUGUAUUACAAAUGCACUGGAACUGGAAGAAUUAAAGAAAUCUUUCUGACUUAAAUCUCGUCUUCAACCCAACUGAAGAGGUAAAAAGUGAAUUAGCUGGUGUAAACUGAUGUGUGUCAUGUGAGUGUGAUUCCUCUGGCUUUGUUUAAUCAGUCAUAUCAAGAUGAUACCAGAUGACACUAAUGCAGUCUGUGAUCUGUGGCAUUGUGAAACGUCUCUAAAUGUGUUGUUUGUCUACAGUCUCAUA